UCGCGUCGGUUGUGGAUCGCUUCGGUGUUCGUUUGGGUUGUUAAGUGGAAAGUCUUAUGCCAAGCCAAACAGCAGUGAAAUAAAUCUUGUGCGCGAUCCAAAAAUAAAUAUCUGCAAAAGGGGGACAAAAGCAGAGCGCGUGCCAAGUGAAAAUGUUUACGCGCAGAAGGCAGCAAAGUUAAUCAGAUAAAAAAAGAAGAGUCGCUGCAGAGUGAUUUAUUUUGAGUGCGGUUCAAUCGAAGCCAAAUGAAAAAUAAUCGAAAACGUCUUUGAUUUAUUUGCGCAAAUCCACAGACAGUGACAAACGAAAACAGAGCCCCUGCCAAAAUUGUUUUGCUCUACCGGCCAGAUCAAAGGUACAACAACCGAUCAGGCGCAAAUUGGUAAAUGCAAAUAUUGAAAAGUUAACAACGCGCAUAAUUAUCUGCAAUGCAAUAGUCAAAUAGCCUGUGAAAAUUAUUAAUAAAUGCGCUUCACUGGUCGUCCUUCCUUAAAAAUACCACGAUGGUUUGUGUCAAUUAAUAAACGAAAUUCUCCUUCUCGAUGAAACAUACGCGCAAUAAUUAAUAUUCAAAAUCGAAACUUUUUGUAGCAAGUUAAAUUAAAUACAGAAAAAUCUGGACAAAGGAGGAAGCCCAACCCAAACGUAAAUAAACGGUGGCAACUAUUUAAGACACUCAAAGAAAAUCCAUGUAAAUAUAGAGUCCAGAAAUUGUUAGCUAUUCGGUUGGCCCCAACCAACACGGCCAAGAAGGAAAACAGUGAAGCCGAAAAAAAGAACAAUUAGCCAAACGGGAAAGACAAACUCGAGCGGAAUGUGAAAAGUUUGCCAACAGCAGAGCGUUCAACAAAAUUAGAAUUGAAAAUAUCAGCGAACAGCAGAAAGGUCCCGGAGGCGGAAAACAAAGCCAUGAAGUUUCGUUUGGCAGCAUUUUGGCUAAUUCUGCUGACAGUUGGCGGCAAUCACAAGCAAUUAAGCCACGUUUGCACGUGGGGCGUGGCGGCCGAGAGGCAGCUGCACAAAGGAAAUGAGCUGGAAAACGCAAUGAAAUUGCGGGCGACCUCGAUGCCAUCGCCGCCGCUUAUAGGGGACAUCACGACCACGGUUCACCCGGAUCCGAGCAGAUCGAUGGGCCUCCAGGCGCUGCGAGGCGCCAAGGCUCCGCCGCCCAGUUUGGAGCUGCACCUCAGGCAGAGCGUGGCCCAGCUGUUUGCCAGUGAUGAAACGACCGCCGACAUUCCGGCGACAACCACCCAUCACCCGGAGCGGCGACAUGUGGUGCCCGACAAGCUUCAGUACACGAAGGAGAUCCUGGUGAAGCAGGGUCGCCUCAUGGGCAUCACGCGUCGCUUCCAGGUGACCAGCGGACUGGGCCAGGUUGACCAGUUCCUGGGGCUGCCCUACGCGGAGGCUCCGACCGGCAAUCGACGCUUUAUGCCACCAGGUGCCCCCUUGCCGUGGCAGGGCCUAAAGAUAGCGCGCCAUCUUCCCCCAGUUUGUCCGCAGAAGUUGCCCGAUCUAUCGCUCCGCGGCAGCGAAAAUAUGUCCCGUGGUCGCCAUAAACACCUGAGUCGCCUUUUGCCCUACCUGCGGACGGAGAGCGAGGACUGUCUGUAUCUCAAUCUUUAUGUGCCGCACGACGAGCCUCAGAGUACUCCCAAGCAGUACGCAGUCCUGGUUUACCUGCAUGGCGAGUCCUUUGAGUGGAACAGUGGCAACCCGUACGAUGGCUCCGUCCUGUCCAGCUAUGGGGAGGUCAUUGUGGUCACCGUCAACUACCGACUGGGAGCGUUGGGGUUCCUGAGGCCCAGCAUCGAUGCGCACAACAUAGCGAACUACGCCCUGCUCGAUCAGAUUGCGGCGUUGCACUGGAUCAAGGAGAACAUUGGAGCCUUCGGCGGCGACAACUCGCGCGUCACUCUGAUGGGCCACAGUACUGGAGCGGCGUGUGUCAAUUACCUAAUGGUGUCGCCGGUGGCCUCAGGCCUCUUCCACCGGGCCAUCCUCAUGUCCGGAUCCGCGAUGUCCGACUGGGCCGCCAGCAAUCAAUCGCUGCAAUUGACCAUGCAAAUCGCCCAUGCCCUCGACUGUCCGCUCAACGAGCACGUGGGGGCGGAGGACGAUGAUGUCCUGCUCGAUUGUUUGCGCCAUCGUCGCUACCAGGAUAUCUUGCACAUACCAACGGCGCUCACACAAUUUUCAACAUCAUUGGGUCCAAUUGUCGAUGGACAUGUAAUACCAAAUCAACCGUACAAGGUCAUGGGGCAUUAUACGGAGCACUUCAGCCGUUAUGAUUUAUUAUUCGGCAUCACGGAGUCAGAAUCCUAUCACACACUGGCCGCAUUAGCACUCGAGGAAGGAUUACGUGAAAAUGAACGCGAUAAUUUAUUGCGCUUCUAUAUGCAGAGCCGCUUUGAUGUACGCCCCGAUUUGGCAUUGGCUGCCACGCUGAAGAAAUACCAGGACAUGUACAACAAUCCGAUUAAGGCCACUAAUUUGGAGCAUCGUGACGUGGUCCUGGACAUUCUGUCCGAUGCACGAGUGGUUGGUCCGCUGCUGCAGACGGGUAUGUUCCACGCGGAUGUCAAUCGGCGCAAUUAUAUGUACGUAUUUGGCCAUAACAGCGCGUCCGGACCGUAUGCCCACCUACCGCAUAGCAUUAUGGGCGAGGAACUGGCGUUCAUCUUCGGGGCUCCUUUGGCCACCGCAGGUCCUUUUCCCAGCGGCAACUACACGGUGCAGGAAAAGCUGCUUUCCGAGGCGGUAAUGGCAUACUGGACGAAUUUCGUAAAGACCGGCAAUCCGAAAGCACCGUGGAAGGGCGUCUUCCUCAACUCACAUGCCCUCGAGUGGGAUCGCUACGAUCUGGACUGGCCGGAAUUCAAUAGGAGGGCUCAGGCAUACCUGAAUAUCGGAAUCCCGCCCACGGUGGGCUACAAAUACCGUCAGCUGUACAUGAACUUCUGGAACAAGGAGCUGCCCGACGAACUGAACCAGAUUGCGGCCAUUCAGGAGCAGCUGCACGGUCCCGGUCAGGAGGUGAUUGCGGGGCACAUGAGCAAGUACGGACCCAGGGAGCACGGGGCGGAGGAUCCCGUGCGGACCUUGAAGCUGCUCCUCCAGGAGCCCAGUCUGGCUGGUCCGCCCCGGAGUGGCGAGUCCACGGAAGCGGCGGCGGAGAACAUGUACAACGCACCGCCCACCUUCGGGCAUGUGCACAAAGUGCCGGGUGGCAGUGAGUCCGAGUCCGAGUCCGACGCGGCCACCUCCGCCAGUAUUCCGCAAGAGGCCGGGGAGGAGCGGCAGCAGGUGCCGCCGGAGACGGUGGCCAGGUCGGAGGCCACGAUGCAGCUGCUGAUCGCCUUGAUUGCCAUCAUCAUAGUCCUCAACCUGCUGAUCUACGGCACCUUUCUGCUGCGCCAGCGGCGUCGGCGGGCCAAGGCCCUGCCCUUUCCCGCCCCCAAGCUGGGCGGGACCAUCCUCAGCUACGACGGGGCCAACGACGAGGAGCUCAAGCGCUGCAGCAAGUCGCGCGACGGGGACGACAGCUUCGCCUUGGAGCUGUCCAGGAAGUCGAACACCUACGAGGCCAUCAAAACGGGCCAGAGGUCGCUCAGCUGCUCCACGGUGGACACCCACACCAAGGUCUGUGAGUGGAUGUCGGGCCAGGAGGCCCUGGCCCCCAAGUCGGGCAGUUUCACCCCGGCCACGCCCCCUCCCCCGCCGGUGCACUCAGACGGCAGGCUGAUCAUAUGCCGGGACAUUGAGGUGGCCGACGCGGCGCUGCUUAUCCCGCAGCACAUGCACGAGCCGCAGCACUACGAGAUGCUGUUGCAGCGGCAGCACUCGGCACUCACCGAACCCAGCGAGGAUACCUUGGAGCAGCAGCAGGAGCAGCAGUAUCCGUACCCACUGAGGGAUCGCCCGCACUGCCACUCCGAUCCGGUGGACAUGAUCCUGGCGGCCGACGAGCAGGUGACCAGCUUCGUGCAUGCCGACGACGUGGACAUCAAUGUGACGAGCAGGCAGGACUCGGAUGGCAUGGAGGUCGUCCCGCUGACGGCUGCCCAGCAGCUGGAGCUCCUGCGACUGCGCAACUACCCCAAGGUUCUGCCCACGGAGCAGGACCUGGUGGACAGCAGCUGCAAGCGCAACUCCCUGCCGCCGCAGAGCCUCAGCGCUCCGCUGCCGCCGCCGCGCACCAUCAGCCACACAUUGGGCAGGAGGCGGCGGGAUAGCAGCAAUGUGACCACUUCACCACUGCAGCUGGCCAGGGACGAGGAUGAGCCCUUGAAGGAGCCCCAGAUCUCGCAGAAUACCCUCAUCGUGGGCCCCAUUGUGCCCAAGUCGCCGGCCUCCAGUCUGAAGCGAGCGAAGCGAGUGCCGGCGUCGCUCGGCGGAUCCUUUCAGUCCUUCGAGUCGGUGCCCCCCGCCCACGAGACCACGCCCCCUCAGGGCACCGAGCGCACCGAGUGCAUUUACGCCAUCAAGGCAAGUCCUGCGCUCGCCAGCUGGUCAGCGCCCAACGGGGACCUCUACGCGCAGCCCCUGAAGUCGCCAUCGCGCACCUCGCUCAUACCCAGGCCGACCAAGCAGGCGGACAGCCUGCCUCCAGGGGAUCCUCCAGGGGAUCCUCUUGGGGGGCCUCUUGGGGAGCCACUAGCAGCACCGGCUCCGGCCAGCCGCAUUCCUCAGUUGCAACGGCAGGCCUCCGGCCGGGAUUUGCCAACGACAAUGGCCACCGAAGGCAUUGAAAAUCCCCCUGGAUGCCAGCAGCGAACCGACUCCACAAUAUCAUCGGGCUCCUCGGCAUCCAAUGCCUCGUCCUUCUCCUCCUCCUCGUCCUCGUCCACUGGAACCGUGCGUACGGAGCUGCAGCAGUUCCAGCCGCCGCCCGGCAGAAGUAUUACGACCAAUAUAUAGAAACUCCGGGGAGCGGCGGCUGCCAAGAAGUCCUUCAGGACAUCCCGCCGAGGACGCAAUGCGGCAACAGACAGCUGGCUGCCAGAGCUGGUUUCCUUUGGUCGGAAUUUUAUGGGGUCUGCGUAGAUUUAAUAAUACAUUUUGGUGUAAAGUUUAUCUCUUGACUUGGUUAGAGCUCCGACUGGCGGCUUUCUGGCUUUGCUGCGAGCAAAGUUUCUGCCGGCGUAAAUUAGUUAAGAAAAUUGCAGUGGAGGUUUCCCAGGAGAUUGCAGCUAAGGUUCGCCAUAUCGAUGUAAGCAGCGAAUGGCGUAGGGAAAACUAAUUUUCCGGAGAAUAUUGGCUAGAGUCGCUUUAGCGAGUUGCUUGUAACUGUUUGCAAAACAUAUUAAGUAGUUGAAACGUUUGGUAACUUAAAAUAAAAUAUAUUUUAUAUUUGUGAAACUUUUAGCUCAGUAAUGCAUAGGGUUUGUAUAUAAAACGAAAAGAGUAAUAAUAUGUAAGCUAUAGUUUUUCUGGCAACACAAAUAUAAGCAAAACGAAGGGAAAAUGGCCACAAGUUUCUCCUUCUUUGUAAGCUAAUCAAAGAAUUCUAAUAUAAGAAACAGUAUUUACAAACAUCUAUAAAUUUAUGACAAUUAUUAAAGCAAAAUAUUAAAAUAUUUUAAGGAAAUCGGAUUAUGGUUAUCGAAUUGUACCGAAGUCCCAGUGUCAAGUAUUAUAAGAUACAAAUUAUGUUCUUUGUAUUUCAAAUUAGGUUAACCAUAUGCUAACACAUACACAUGUACUCGAAAAUAUAGUGAAAUAGAAAAUCAAACGAUGAAAGCAA